UAAUGAGAGUCCCGGGCCCGACUCCAGAGCUAAGUUUCCCCACCCUCUCCCCUCGCCCGCCCUUCCCUCCCGGGUCGGUGCGCCGCCUAGAAAAACUUGUGCGGGGCCAUUUUUGGGGCAGUAAGAUCGAGCGAGGAGCCCAAGAGCGAGCGCGCAGCACGAAGCUCGAGCCGCCUCCGCCGCGCGACCCCACCUCGGCCGCCGCCGCCUGCGCCGCGAGAUCCGCCCCGGCCUCCCCGAGAGCGAGCCCCGGCCGCCGCGACCACCAGCCGCGCUAACCGCCGACCAACCGCCACCGAGGCGCCUGAGCGAGAGCAGAGGAGGAGGAGGCAUGAGCGAGGCGGGCGAGGCCACCACCACCACCACCACCACCACCACCACCACCCUCCCGCAGGCUCCGACAGAGGCGGCCGCCGCGGCUCCCCAGGACCCCGCGCCCAAGAGCCCGGUGGGCAGCGGUGCGCCCCAGGCCGCGGCCCCGGCGCCCGCCGCCCACGUCGCAGGAAACCCCGGUGGAGACGCGGCCCCAGCAGCCACGGGCACCGCGGCCGCCGCUUCUUUAGCCACCGUCGCCGGCAGCGAAGACGCGGAGAAAAAAGUUCUCGCCACCAAAGUCCUUGGCACUGUCAAAUGGUUCAACGUCAGAAAUGGAUAUGGAUUUAUAAAUCGAAAUGACACCAAAGAAGAUGUAUUUGUACAUCAGACUGCCAUCAAGAAGAAUAACCCACGGAAAUAUCUGCGCAGUGUAGGAGAUGGAGAAACUGUGGAGUUUGAUGUGGUUGAAGGAGAGAAGGGUGCAGAAGCUGCCAAUGUGACUGGCCCGGAUGGAGUUCCUGUGGAAGGGAGUCGUUACGCUGCAGAUCGGCGCCGUUACAGACGUGGCUACUAUGGAAGGCGCCGUGGCCCUCCCCGGAAUUACGCUGGGGAGGAGGAGGAGGAAGGGAGCGGCAGCAGUGAAGGAUUUGACCCCCCUGCCACUGAUAGGCAGUUCUCUGGGGCCCGGAAUCAGCUGCGCCGCCCCCAGUAUCGCCCUCAGUACCGGCAGCGGCGGUUCCCGCCUUACCACGUGGGACAGACCUUUGACCGUCGCUCACGGGUCUUACCCCAUCCCAACAGAAUACAGGCUGGGGAGAUUGGAGAGAUGAAGGAUGGAGUCCCAGAGGGAGCACAACUUCAGGGACCGGUUCAUCGAAAUCCAACUUACCGCCCAAGGUACCGUAGCAGGGGAGCUCCUCGCCCACGACCUGCCCCAGCAGUUGGAGAGGCUGAAGAUAAAGAAAAUCAGCAAGCCUCCAGUGGUCCGAACCAGCCGUCUGUUCGCCGUGGAUACCGGCGUCCCUACAAUUACCGGCGUCGCCCGCGUCCUCCUAACGCUCCUUCACAAGAUGGCAAAGAGGCCAAGGCAGGUGAAGCACCAACUGAGAACCCUGCUCCACCCACCCAGCAGAGCAGUGCUGAGUAACACCAGGCUCCCCAGGCACCUUCACCAUCGGCAGGUGACCUAAAGAAUUAAUGACCAUUCAGAAAUAAAGCAAAAAGCAGGCCACAACCUUACCAACACCAAAGAAACAUCCAAGCAAUAAAGUGGAAGACUAACCAAGAUUUGGACAUUGGAAUGUUUACUGUUAUUCUUUAAGAAACAACUACAAAAAGAAAAUGUCAACACAUUUUUCCAGCAAGCUGAGAAUCUGGGAAUUCCUGCACAGAAGACAAGAGAGCAGCCUCCCCAGUUUCAGCAACCGCUAGGUUUAUAUUUUUUUUUCCUGGUUUUUACUGUUUUGGUAAUACAUAUAUUGAAACAAGAAAUAUUAAUACCACAUGGGGAGAACCCCAACCAAAGAAAUCUGAAAUAUAUAGUAAAUGCUUUUUUUUCCGUUUUUGUUCAUUUUGGAUGCUGGUGCUAAACCUCCAAGUGUCAUGAUUUAAAAAAAAAAAAAAAAAAUUUAUGUCCUCCUUAUUUAUUUCUAGGAUGAGGGGAGGAUAACAUUUUUGCUUUCGUAUGUGACUCUCUUUGAAAAUGUGCGGUAAGAAGUUCCUCAAAAAUAAAAUUUUUACCCUUCAAAGGA